CGUGGAGCAGAGGGUGUCCAGCUGUUGCUGAACAACCAUGUGUCCCGUGGGGGGGCUGAGAGAGCUCGUCUCCGAGCGACUAGCUGCUGCAGCUGAAGAAAUCUUCCGACUGGUUGAAACAGCUGUGGUCGAGCACGAGGAAGAGAUCUCUCGGCAGCGCCGCCUGCUGGAGGCCGUCUGGACACCGGAAGUCAGGCUGCACCGGAUAGAGCUCCCACAGCAACAUGUCUGUAAGGAGGAGGAGGUUCUCUCAGACCAGCAGCUCUGGACUCAGGAGAGGAACUCCAGUCUGGACCAAGAGGACCCAGAGCCUCCACAGAUUAAAGAGGACCAGGAGGACCAAGAGGACCCAGAGCCUCCACAGAUUAAAGAGGACCAGGAGGACCAAGAGGACCCAGAGCCUCCACAGAUUAAAGAGGACCAGGAGGACCUGUGCACCAGUCCGGAGGGAGAGCAGCUUGGACUGAAGCAGGAGACUGAGACCUUCUAUCACAGUAACUUAAACAACAGCAACACGUCAGAGAUUCACCGUAAUACUCAAACUGAGCUCCCACAGCAACAUGUCUGUAAGGAGGAGGAGGUUCUCUCAGACCAGCAGCUCUGGAUUCAGGAGAGGAACUCCAGUCUGGACCAAGAGGACCCAGAGCCUCCACAGAUUAAAGAGGACCAGGAGGACCUGUGCACCAGUCAGGAGGGAGAGCAGCUUGUCCUGAAGCAGGAGACUGAGACCUUCAUGUUGACUCCUACUUCUGAGAAAAGGGACCACAGUGAAGGUCAGACUCUGAACUUCAGUCCUGAUGGUGACCCUCUAAGGGCAGCAGAGAAAGAGUCUGUAGUCCACAUGCCGGUUCUAACCUCUGUGGUGUCAGCAGCAAACAGGGACCACCAGCUCCUCUCUCACAACUCUCAUGAAGCUGAGAGCCCAGACCAGAAAGGAGGCCAGCAUGGAGACUCAGGACCAGCUAGAAAUGCAGAGCCAGAACCAAAGAAGAGACUACGCAAGACCAGAAGUCUCAGCAACAACGUAGACAAGACUAACACCUCAGAGACUCACCCUGAUACCCAGACAGGUAAACAGUCCUUCAUAUGUCCCACAUGUGGGAAAGACUUUACGUGUAAUUCAAGUUUGCAGAGCCACCUGAGAGUCCACACAGGUGAGAAGCCGUAUUCCUGCAAAACAUGUGGAAAAGAGUUUAGGGGUAGUAGUAACUUGUUGGUCCACAUGAGAACUCACACAGGUGAGAAGCCGUAUUCCUGCAGCACAUGUGGAAAAGAGUUUGGGCGUAAAGAUAAGUUGUUGACUCACAUGAGAAGUCACACCGAGGGUUUUCACCGACGUCCCGUUCUGGGCGGUAACCCGGGUGAAGAUGCUCCGUGUAAACUGAGCGCAAGCCCAGGCUGCUCCCUCCACUCCCUGAGGGACUUUGAGCUUUUCCUUUCCUCUGAGAACUUCUGGCAUCCUCUCCCUGGUUCUUAA